CGCGUGGAGUGCGUCCACUAUUAAGGACAACAAUCCCUUCGAAAACGUCGAGGCCACCUCGACCUAUUUCAUACGUGUUUUACACAACCGUUGCCACUUUGGGUUUCCCCUCCGUUGCUGGUCCCUCACAUCAAUUUGCAGCCGGUUAAGCUGUCUCGCUUGCGAUCAUGGGCACACGGUCGUCACUAAUGCUCCAAGAAGAGGAAAUUCAAGAGAUCCAACAGGAGACUGGCUUUUCGCCAAACCAGAUCGAGCGGCUGUACAGCAGAUUUACCAGCCUGGACAAGACUGACAACGGUACACUUAGUCGCGAGGAUUUUCUGCGCAUCCCAGAGCUGGCCAUCAAUCCACUAGGCGACCGCAUCGUGCACGCUUUCUUCAUGGAUGCCUACGACGACCGCAUAAAUUUCCGCCAGUUCGUGCGGGUUUUAUCACGUUUUCGCCCCUUAAAGAAAAACAAGGAGAACAAACUGAACAGCCGCGAAGAAAAGCUGCACUUUGCCUUUAAGAUGUACGACCUGGACGACGACAACAAAAUCUCCAGGGAUGAGCUCUUGGCUGUGCUGCACAUGAUGGUUGGUGCAAACAUAUCUGAUGAGCAGCUGGCAAGCAUUGCAGACAGGACCAUAAUGGAAGCCGACAAGGAUGGUGACAACAUGAUCUCAUUUGAGGAGUUUUGCGCAACACUGGACAAGACUGACGUGGAAGAGAAGAUGAGCAUCCGGUUCCUCAACUAGACUUGUCUUGCAACCACCUUCGCCGUUUAAGUUAUAGCUGUCUACACAUAGACUUGUUGUUCCUUGUUACUGUUAUUCAUUGUCGUCAAAACUUUUACAGAGGCUUCUAUGUGCUGGCAAUCAUUCCAGUAUUGCUUUUACAUGUACUGCUAAGAGAUCAAAUACGUUUUUUAUGUACACCAAACAUCUCGCGUGUGUCUGUAUUUCUGCCUGUUCUCCUUAACUAGUAGAAAAGGACCUAUUCGGCAUUAGGGUUUCCUUUUCUCAAUUUUCUUUGCUGUUACCCACCAACCACAGACACUCAGUAUAUUUUAAUUUAGAUGAAGUAUAAACUGCUGAUGCCGAGAGGAAUUGUAUUGAUAUGUAAUCAUUACCGUUCUCUGUUCCCAGAAUGUCAUUGUAAGGAACUUGAGACAAAUAGGCUGUGGACGGAAAUCUCAGUCGUGCAAUAUUGCACCCAACCGUGCUUUACCACAAAGCAGCGAUUCAGCUUGCUGGACCGUAGGAGUGACAUCACCUGUAGUAAAGCUUAUGUGGCUGUUGUUUGGCAUUAUUUCAUGCCUGUUUCUGUUGCACUUCAUGUUGUCAGGUGCUGCAGGAGGCCUCACACGUGCACAAGCUGUGUGUGGUCUCCUUGACUGGAAAAUGAGAAAAAGUACUAUGAAAAUAAAUGUUCACAUUUCA